AUGCUUGAGCAACAAAUCUUAUGCCAUCGGCUACCAGAAUCUCUCGACUCCAUAGUACCGAAUCUUGAUGUGAAAAAGCUUUCAAAAAAGCAUUGUAAAAUGGUACAAGAGCUAAAACGGUUGACAUUAAACUUAGAAUUACAGCGAUUUGAAGAGGACAUCCAUCGUUAUGAACAGCUAUACCAAGAAGAAUUCAAUAAGUUUCAACAACAGAUUCUAAAUCCAACUUCAUCUGACUACAAACAUCAAAUAGAUAUCUUAAUGUACUCUGUCGAAUCCUAUCUAAAUAAUUAUAAGGGUAGACUUUUACGUCAAAUAAGACACAGAGAAGCAUGUUUUCAUACAAAUUUGAUCCGACAGCGUCGUCGUCGACAAUCGCUCAUGACAGACAACAACAUUCAGGUGCAUCCACAAAUUACUGUCGAUGUUCCAAAAUUUAUUGUUGGUCCUGUUUUUCUUCUUCUUUCCAAAGGUCCCAGUUACAUUCGACCGAACCAAAGUUAUCUUCACUGUGAUCAACAACAACAGAAACAAGUCGAUCGGGAAUUUAACAAAACUCUUGACGUAAUCGUUCCCUAUCUCGUGCGUGUCUAUCAUAUGUCACCAACAUCAACAAUCAUCAACCGAUUUUUCCAUAAAUUGGCUCCUUAUCUGUGUGAACAGUACAUGGCUCCAGACUAG